AUGGCUUCGAAAGUAGCAGCAAAGAAAGGCCCAGUCCAAACUGGCAAAAAACAACAACUUCGCGGAAAGGGAUUGAAGAAAAAGAAGGUAUCUCUUAAAUUUACCGUCGACUGCACCACCCCCGUCGAAGACAACAUUAUGGAUGUACAGAACUUCAAAAAAUACUUGCAAGAGAGGAUAAAGGUCAACGGAAAGACCAACAACUUUGGUAACAACGUUUCGUUGGAGUGCCAAAAAAUGAAAGUGUCUGUCAUCUCUGAUAUCCCCUUCUCGAAAAGGUGCCUUAAAUACUUGACAAAGAAGUAUUUGAAAAAGAACAACUUACGUGAUUGGAUCCGUGUUGUCGAUGGUGGCAAGGACUCCUAUGAAUUGAGGUACUUCCAGAUCUCAUCACAAGACGAUGAUGAUGAUGAAGAUGUUGAAUAAAUGUAAAAUAAUCUUUAUGAUAAUAAAAUAUAAAUAAUUA